CACUUUUGUCUUGAGCCUUGACCUAGUGGGCUGAAAAACUGAAGGCAAAAUGAAUGGAAUCACAUGUUCAAACACUAUCACCUGGAAAAAGAGAACAGAAAGAUCAGAUAUGGGUGGGUCUUCAUUUUGUGAAAACAUCAUCAUCCCACUUAACCUUUGCUUUUAAUACCACAUUGCUCAGUUAUCAUGUAUAAUGUGUGCGCAUGUAUGUGUUUGAGGACGCAAUCAUUCAAAAUCUAUAAUGCGCUGCUGUUUAAGAUCUGAGCAUCUAAAACUUUCUCCCUACAAAGAUUGAUAUAUCAUCAUUGCCUGAUCAACCCAAAAAAUGGACAUGGAAACCCAGGAAUGCAGGGGUAGCAAUGAAAGAUGGACCAAAUU